GUCUGGCUGCAGAGAGUCAGUCAGACAGAAAAGAGUCGAGCGAGUGCACGAGCAGCAAGUGAGGGUGCGCGCUCGAACGGGAAUAUCGCCACCGCCGGCAUUUCAAUAACUUCGGGAGUAACGCGCGUUACGCACUCCGGGAUUGCAUUGAUUUCUUCUUCAUGCUCAUCGUUUGACCUGGGGAGAGGAAAAGCGCUGCGGUGGGGCUUCGAAACCGGCUCGAGAUCCCACCCUCUCUCCGUAAGUUUUCCCCUCUUUGUUUGGAGACCAUCCCAAGAUGCCCAGCUCGGUGUUCGCGGACAUGGAGCGCAACAGCGGCGGCCAGGGGGACGCCCUGGACGACCAGAGAGCCCUGCAGAUCGCGCUGGACCAGCUCUCGUCACUCGGACUGGAUAACGAUGAAAAUUUCUUGUACGACAACGAGCCAAGGAAAAAGAGCGUCAACAUGACCGAAUGCGUCCCCGUUCCCAGCUCCGAGCACGUUGCGGAGAUCGUAGGGAGGCAAGGUUGCAAAAUUAAAGCCCUGCGAGCAAAGACCAAUACUUAUAUCAAAACUCCGGUGCGGGGAGAGGAGCCGGUCUUUGUUGUAACAGGCAGGCGGGAGGACGUAGCCAUGGCUAGAAGGGAGAUCAUCUCUGCAGCUGAGCACUUCUCCAUGAUUAGAGCGUCGCGGAACAAAAACAGCAGUCUGAAUGGGACCGCCACCGUACCCGGUCCGCCCAAUCUGCCCGGGCAGACCACCAUUCAGGUGCGGGUUCCAUAUCGGGUGGUGGGGCUGGUGGUGGGACCCAAGGGGGCCACCAUCAAGCGCAUCCAGCAGCAGACACACACCUACAUCGUCACGCCCAGCCGGGACAAAGAGCCUGUGUUUGAAGUGACGGGCAUGCCAGAGAACGUGGACCGGGCCAGGGAGGAGAUCGAAGCACACAUCGCCAUGCGCACGGGCGGCCUGAUCGAAUUCACGGACGAGAACGACUUCCACGCCAACGGCACGGAUGUGGGUUUCGACCUGCACGGGAACGUCAGUCUGUGGAGCAAGCCCAACUCCAGCGCUACACCCACCUCGGGUCGCAAGCCUUUCUCCAACUACCGCAACGACAGCUCAAGUUCUCUGGGGAGUGCCUCUACCGACUCCUACUUUGGCAACAACAGCAGCCCCCGGCUGGCCGAUUACAGCCCCCCAAGCCCCACCCUCAGCUACACUGCCUCCAGCAAUGGCAACAACAACAAUAAUAAUAUUAACGCUAACGGCAACGGGUUCGUCUAUGGCAGUGAGGCCAUCUCGCCCGAUUGCGCUGAUCUGCCCUUCGAGUCCUCGCCGGGAUUCGACACCUCCCCCACGCCGCCGGGCCUGAUGUGGUCACAGUACGAGCGUGGCUCCGCCACCACGUCUGCCAUUUUCUCUGCCAAUGCUUCCACCAAUGCCAACGGGCUGAUGGCCAGUCAGCGGAGGGCCAACGGCACCAGGUUGUCUCCACCACUGCACCAAGCCAACAGCGUCUCUGAGCAUCCGCUGGCGCGCCGGGUGCGCAGCGAUCCGGGCGGGGGCACCCUCAGCUUCCCUGGCUACUCCCCGACCGGGCUGUCCAACGGCAUCGCGGCCCUCUCGGGAUCCCACCACCGGGGUGUGCCCUCUGACUCCUCCAUCUCCUCAUCCUCUUCGUCAUCCUCUUCCUCCUCCUCCGGGACGAGCCGCAAAGGCAGCCGGGACUGCUCAGUGUGUUUCGAAAGCGAGGUGAUCGCAGCCCUGGUGCCCUGCGGCCACAACCUGUUCUGCAUGGAGUGUGCCAACCGCAUCUGCGAGAGGAACGAGCCCAAAUGCCCCAUCUGCCAUGCUGCAGUUACUCAGGCUAUACGUAUAUUUUCUUAAAAUGGACACGCCCCCCCCCCCCUCCUCGAUUACGAUAGUGACGGAGCAAGCAAGUCCUCUCAUGGCUUUAUGAAACUCUUAUAAAGUGUGUUAUUGUACGUGUAUAUACUUAUGUAUCUAGAGCUGCGGUAUCCAAAAAGGGAGAGCCCAUACCGGGCUAUGUACUGUAGCUCGGGACAAAUAUUUUGAACAUCUAAUGCAUGUUUUAAAUAUUCAAGCCUAGUAUUCAAUAGUUUUAGGAAAACGUACACAUGAAGUUAAGGACAGCGGUGUCGCCCGGGGUACCCCGGUCGACUGGUAGUAAAAACAAGCCUUUUGAUGGAAUGUAGUGGUAGCAGACCCUGAGGUUCUCAAAUCUCUUCUGUCAGGAACAAAGACCACAGCUUACGAUCAAACGUAUGGGAAGGAGAGAACGAAAACAUAUCCUACACGUAUAUGUAUAGAUAAACCGACGAGAAAUUCCACACAAGUUUUAAAUAUUCAUGACUCAUUAAUACAGAUUGAAGUAUUUUAUUCUUUUUUGACUUGAAAGAUUAUAUUUCGUAUUGCAAAGAUGUUUACAGAUAUUUUAAUUUAAGUUCAGUGAACUUUUUUGUAGCUGGGUUCAAAUAUCUUUUUAUUUUUUAGUAUGGCCUUACGGCAACGAACACUGUAUUGUUUUAAUAUCGACGAUUGAAACGUGGAUGGCAGGCAACUCAGACCACCAACCGUGUAUUUGCAUUUGAACAGUAUUCUGUUGGGAUGGAGGACUUCUAGGUUCAGCAAAAAAAUGAACGAAAACCCACCGUCUUUCGAAUCCGUUUCACCCAGCAUAUUUUCUAUUCAGUAAUAUAAAGCAUAUUUUAUUCUAUAUUAUUACGAAAUGUCGAAAUGUAUAAAUCUUAGUACGUUGGGACAAAAAGGAACCGUUUAAGCUUUCUAAAAAUUUGUAUGAAUUAGAUUCCAGUGGGUACCACAGAGUUCUGUUGCGCCACUAUACGUUUAGGAUUUCUAUUUUAAUACAUUUGUUUACCACUUGUUUAUGUAUAUGUAGGUGAAGUUACUUGAGCGUAUAUGUACUUUAUUGAGCAAAGUUUAAAAUCAAAGUAUAUUUUAUUUUAUGAUAAAAGGCCUUUAACCUCAUGGUCAAAUACUAAUAUUAUAUUUGCUGAAACAAGAUUUGAAAUGUAUCAAGAGUUUUAUUUUUCUGACAUUUAAAGUUCUACAUGAUAAAGUAAAACUUAAGUAAUGGUGCUACUUCAU